CCUCCCGCUGGCGAAGCGGCACUCGGGCACCCGCGCGCGCCCGGACCAGCAGCCGCGAGCCCGCCGGCCGGGGCCAUGGGCUGCGACGUCCGCGUGUCGGGGCUGCUCCGCCGCAACCUGCAACCCACGCUCACCUACUGGAGCGUCUUCUUCAGCUUCGGCCUGUGCAUCGCCUUUCUGGGGCCCACGCUGCUGGACCUGCGCUGCCAGACGCACAGCUCGCUGCCCCAGAUCUCCUGGGUCUUCUUCUCGCAGCAGCUCUGCCUCCUGCUGGGCAGCGCCCUCGGGGGCGUCUUCAAGAGGACGUUGGCCCAGUCGUUAUGGGCACUCUUCACCUCUUCUCUGGCCAUCUCUCUGGUGUUCGCCGCCAUCCCCUUCUGCCGCAACGUGAAGGUGCUGGCCUCGGUCAUGGCGCUGGCAGGCCUGGCCAUGGGCUGCAUCGACACCGUGGCCAACAUGCAGCUGGUGAGAAUCUACCAAAAGGACUCUGCGGUCUUCCUCCAGGUUCUCCAUUUCUUUGUGGGCUUUGGAGCUCUGUUGAGCCCCCUCAUCGCCGACCCCUUCCUGUCUGAGGCCAACUGCUUGCCUACCAAUAGCACAGACAACAGCACCUCCGGCAGCCACCUGCUCCAUACCUCCAGGGUCCUGGGUCACCACCACGCUGCGGCCCAACCUUGGUCCAACCAGACACUCCCUGGGCUGCCCUCGCAGGAUGCGGCAGGGACCCGCGUGUCCUAUGCCUUCUGGAUCAUGGCCUUGAUCAAUCUCCCGGUGCCCAUGGCUGUGCUGUUUCUGCUGUCCAAAGAGCGGCUGCUGACCUGCUGCCCUCAGAGGAGGCCCCUGCUCCUGUCUGCAGAUGAGCUCGCCCUGGAGACACAGCCUCCUGAGAAGGAAGACACUGCCUCGCUGCCCCCGAAAUCUCACUCAGGCCAUGAGGACCUGUUCAGCUGCUGCCAGAGGAAGAACUUCAAAGGAGCCCCUUCGUCUUUCUUCGCCAUCCAUGUCACAGCCGCCCUGGUCCUGUUCAUGACUGAUGGGUUGACGGGGGCAUACUCCGCUUUCGUGUACAGCUACGCAGUGGAGAAGCCGCUGUCUGUGGGACACAAGGUGGCCGGUUACCUCCCCAGCCUCUUCUGGGGCUUCAUCACCCUGGGUCGGCUCAUCUCCAUUCCCAUCUCCUCCAGAGUGAAGCCAGCCACCAUGGUUUUUGUCAAUGUGGUUGGCGUGGUGGUGACGUUCCUGGUGCUUCUUGUUUUCUCCUACAACGUCGUCUUCCUGUUCGUGGGGACAGCCAGCCUGGGCCUGUUCCUCAGUAGCACCUUUCCCAGCAUGCUGGCCUACACUGAGGACAUCCUGCAGUACAAAGGUUGUGCGACCACAGUGCUGGUGACAGGGGCAGGCAUUGGCGAGAUGGUCCUCCAGAUGCUGGUCGGCUCGAUAUUCCAGGCUCAGGGCAGCUAUAGUUUCCUGGUCUGUGGCGUGAUCUUUGGUUGCUUGGCUUUUACCUUCUAUAUCUUGCUCCUGUUUUUCCACAGGAUGCACCCUGGAUUCUCAUCAGCCCCUCCCCAGGACAAACCACUUGGAAUGGAAAGCCUGGAGCGCUACCAGAGGUAAAACUAGGUGAAAGAGGCAGGCGAAGACUUCUGGCCCCUCGAACAAAGGGCUGAAGAAGGCUGGGGUAGCAGCAGAGGCAACCUCUCAAUGCCUCGGUUCUGAUCUUCACUGACACUUGGUUGGGUAGAAGAAAUUAAAUUGAGUUCUGGUACCUGGGUCCUCCCUGGGCAAAUCAUUAGAAGCUGACCUGGCUAUCCAAGUGACCACCCCCUUCCCUGGCUCAGACUUUUGGUAAGAGCGGGCCGGGAUACCCACUGGGAGGGAAGAACAUGGCUAGAUGCUUCCCUCCAUUGGCUGCCUCCUGCAUGGACCACACCCUGGGUUUGAAGAUCACUCUUAGUUGAAGUUUGACAAAAUAAGUUGAAAUUAUAAAGAGCUAUCUGUAGAUAAAUUUUAAGUUAAUCAAGACAAACCCGAAGUUAUUCCCUGGCAUGCUCAAAGGAUUUGUGUGCUUUUACUUAUUAAUAGGCCAAAGUCCCUCCAAUUCCUGCAGCUGCUAUCAGGAGUUCAUCUAUAAUCUAAAACAUGGGCAGGAAAAGUUGCAUCUUGGCUACCUUUGUGACAUUAAUUUGGUGGUAUGCUGGGCUAGCGCAUUCCAGCUUAUAAAAGCCAAUUGUUACACUUGCAUUUUGAGAGCUGGUUGUUAGACACAGCCGUUAUUUAACAUUAAAUCCUAGAAAUGAUUAUCUUCGUUUUUAGUGGAAUUUAACUACAACUCCUCAAAACUCACCACUCCCUAAUUGUUUUUAAACCUAUGCUCUUGAGGGUGUGUGUUGUAUCUGCAGGGUAGACAUACCACGUAAAGGUGGGCUUCUGUGUGUGUCUUUCCAACUCCACUUUCAGCGUUGUUAGCGGCUUGAGAUCAGCCACGGUGGGGGUAUUUACACCAUAGAAAUUGGCAAAAGCUAUAACCGGUGGCUUUAUUGUCUCCCUGGAGAGCCAUUUGAUAAAGAUACACCAGCAUACCACUGCUAGCUAUUCAUGCUAAUGGGUCCAGAAGAUGCCUGGGAGGAUGGAAUGGAUGUUCGGCUUUCCUUACUGCUUAUGUAAAAGGUAUAGAAAUAGCAUGAUGACUUUCUCAAAGAUAUCUUACUUUACAUCUUCUAUGGGGCGGGGGGAACUAUUUAUAUAUACCAUGUCAAAGUUCUUUAUAACAAAAAGCUGGACUACUGAACAAUUCAGGCUGUGCGGUAUACUGAAAGCUAUGUCUGUCCAGGAGUGUCACUUCCUGUCCAGGUCAGAUCUGGCAGUAGGAUGGAGAGAGCAGGCAAACUCAGCAGCUUGGCGGGGUAAGAGUGCCGAGACUCCUGUAAGUAGUGAAACGGCUGUUGACAGCGGCUUGUGUAUUCGUUUACCUGCACUUUGUGUAAAUAGAUGUAUAAAUAUCCAAAACAAGUGGCCCAUGGUUCUCAGUAGCCUGUCCAAAUGGUGUGUUUCACAGGCCCCACACUAAAAGGUUUAUCCUCGAACUGCAGGCAUCGUCUUAUAAGCCAGCUCCACCUGCCAUCGUCAUGGUACAGAGACGAGACUGGCCCUAGAGAGAUCUGGUUCAAGCACCUUUUAGUUGUGUGGCCCUGGACAGAUCACUGAGGCUCUUCCAGCCUUGCUUCUUUUUGUUUUUAAUCUGUAAAGAGACAUUUCUAAAAGAAACUUGCCCUACCUCAAAGGAAUUCUGAAAGAAUUAAGUGACUUUGUGUAAAGGGAUUAUUAUAUGCCUGACAUAGAAAUUUGCUUAACAACUGCUAGCCAUUUUUAUAACAUCCCCAUAGCAGUUUGGAGAUCGUUCAUAUGUUUGGUACGUAUUUAUUGUAAAUCGAACAGAUCCAAAUGCUUUUGAAAGCUGGUGGUCUAGGCAGCUUGGCGCGGUAAGAAUGCUGAGUUUUAACUAUGUCUGUAAAUACCUAAAAGUAUUAGAUGGCCGCCAAAAUUACAUGUGCAUUCUAACCAUAGCGAGUAACUAACCUGGGAGAAUAGAAAGCAGCUAUAUUUUUCUUGUGGUUUUUCAAGAAAACAUCCUUUUUAUACAGUUAGAAGAAUCAAUGGCUCCAUCUAAGGCGAUCAUGAUUAAUUUGUGACUACAGAAAACAAGAUGGAAACAGAUCUAAGAGUACCUUUCCUAAAAUAAAAUAUUUUAAAUUGAA